CGGGACCAUAAAUAUGCAGAGCGGAGGCUCGGCGCAGCUCAGUCCGCGCGCCGCCCGCCCCGGCUGCUGAGCUGAGCCCGAGCCGCGGCCGGAGCCCCAGCCGGGAGCGCGUCCGCGUCCCCGCACCGCCAGCUCCCAGGCCCCGCACGCCAGGACGCCCGAGCGGCCGCGAGACAUGCAACCGGCCCGGAAGCUCCUCAGCCUCCUGGUCCUCCUCGUGAUGGGCACCGAACUCACCCAAGUGUUGCCCACCAACCCUGAGGAGAGCUGGCAGGUGUACAGCUCCGCCCAGGACAGUGAGGGAAGGUGUAUCUGCACAGUGGUCGCCCCCCAGCAGACCAUGUGUUCACGAGACGCCCGCACAAAACAGCUGAGGCAGCUACUGGAGAAGGUGCAAAACAUGUCUCAAUCCAUAGAGGUCUUGGACAGGCGGACUCAGAGAGACCUGCAGUAUGUGGAGAAGAUGGAGAACCAAAUGAAAGGGCUAGAGUCCAAGUUCAAGCAGGUGGAGGAGAGCCAUAAGCAACACCUGGCCAGGCAGUUCAAGGCGAUAAAAGCGAAAAUGGAUGAACUUAGGCCUUUGAUCCCUGUGUUGGAAGAGUACAAGGCCGAUGCCAAAUUGGUAUUGCAGUUUAAGGAGGAGGUCCAGAAUCUGACGUCAGUGCUUAACGAGCUGCAAGAAGAAAUUGGCGCCUAUGACUACGAUGAACUUCAGAGCAGAGUGUCCAAUCUUGAAGAAAGGCUCCGUGCAUGCAUGCAAAAACUAGCCUGCGGGAAGCUGACAGGCAUAAGUGACCCAGUGACCGUCAAGACCUCUGGCUCGAGGUUCGGGUCCUGGAUGACAGACCCGCUGGCCCCUGAAGGUGACAACAGGGUCUGGUACAUGGAUGGUUACCACAACAACCGCUUCGUCCGAGAGUACAAGUCUAUGGUGGACUUCAUGAACACAGACAAUUUCACCUCGCACCGUCUCCCACACCCCUGGUCGGGGACGGGGCAGGUGGUCUACAACGGCUCCAUCUACUUCAACAAGUUCCAGAGCCACAUCAUCAUCAGGUUCGACCUGAAGACGGAGACCAUUCUGAAGACUCGCAGCCUGGACUACGCGGGCUACAACAACAUGUAUCACUAUGCCUGGGGCGGCCACUCGGACAUCGACCUCAUGGUGGACGAGAACGGCCUCUGGGCCGUCUACGCCACCAACCAGAAUGCCGGUAACAUCGUCAUCAGCAAGCUGGACCCCAUCUCGCUGCAGAUCCUGCAGACUUGGAACACCAGCUACCCCAAGCGCAGCGCUGGGGAAGCCUUCAUCAUCUGCGGGACCCUCUACGUCACCAAUGGCUACUCGGGGGGCACCAAGGUCCACUACGCCUACCAGACCAAUGCUUCAACCUACGAGUACAUCGACAUCCCCUUCCAGAACAAAUACUCCCACAUCUCCAUGCUGGACUAUAACCCCAAGGACCGCGCGCUGUACGCCUGGAACAACGGCCAUCAGACCCUCUACAACGUCACCCUCUUCCACGUCAUCCGCUCUGACGAGUUGUAGCUCCCAUUUGCCCAGAAGCAAAGGGUCCAAGUCCUCACCCCCAAGGACACUCCCAUGAAACAGCUGCCGAAAUAAUACUAGGAAUAUACUAACAGUCCUGAUUCUGAGAGAUCAGUAGCUGUGAUUCGGACUCCCAGGGCUGGUGUGAUCUCUGGGUUCCUCCCCCUCAUUCACGUGGGUGGGCCAUGGAUUUGGGAAGAAACCCCCAUGUUUGCGGCUGGAACUGCAGCCCAAGGCCCCCUGGCUGUCCCCACCCCACCCUAUCCCUCUCUGGUCACAUAACAUACUAAACAAACAAGGCAGUGACUGUUGGCCCCUCUCACCCAAGAACAACCCACUGUUAGGAUUGCAUGGACAUUUCCUUAGGUUGUGAUCAGCGCGAUGAUGUGAUGGCCAUGCCCCCUCCCCAGAGCCCCCGACCCCGCGGCGCUCUGCGUAGGCUGGGUCAGUCCCACACAUAUCGCAGCUGCCUUUUUCUUGACUGUGUUGUUGUCUCUUAGAUUAACUGUGCCGAGACUCCCGGUAGCUCAUGGACCCGUGUGUCUAGUACUUCCCAAAGCGAUGGUGGGUGUGCGUAGAGUGAAGUUGCCGUACCCACAUUGUUGAACUUGCGUACCCCGUAGCUAGAUUGUGAGAUGUCCGUCUGUAAUCCCCCGAGGUGGUAACUCCAUGUAUUCAAUUUAUGCAAUGAACGUUGUCAUGCAGUGCCGUAGUUUGGACUGGUAAGUGGAUGGUUUUUGUUUCUAAAAAGAAAAAAAAAAAUCAGUGUUCACCCUUAUGAAGACUUAGUCAAGUUCAUGUUGAUAAUAAUCAAAGAAAUUCUUUUCUUGUUAAGCUAUCUGAGUCACGUAACCGUGAUGGGAAAGGUGCAUUUUGGGAAACUUCAGUUUCCUACAAGAAAGAACUCCCCAAGGGCAGCAAUGUGUGGAAAGGUCAUUUUUUAAGACCAAAAAUUAAAAAUAAAAGAGGGAAACUUUGUACUAUCCAGUUAUCUAAGGAACAAUAAAGGUGUUAGGACGUG